CGUUGCGGGCGAGCAUGUUAUCGCCUAAAUAAUUAGGGCACACGUGUUCGGGCCAAUACUUAAAGACCGGGAGCGGAAGGGUUUUAGAGCCUUCUCUCCUUUCCGCCGAGAACAGAGAACAACAGUCGAACACCUUCCAGAGCCAGAAAAUGGCCACCGAAGUCGUGAAUCCAAAGGCGUAUCCUUUGGCCGACGCUCAACUGACGAUAACCAUAUUGGAUCUCGUCCAGCAAGCGGCCAACUACAAGCAGCUCAAGAAGGGAGCUAAUGAAGCGACGAAGACUCUGAACAGGGGCAUCUCCGAGUUUGUUGUGAUGGCGGCGGAUACAGAGCCACUUGAAAUUCUUCUCCAUCUUCCCUUGCUUGCAGAGGAUAAGAAUGUUCCCUACGUGUUUGUUCCUUCGAAACAGGCACUCGGCAGAGCUUGUGGAGUCACGAGACCUGUUAUUGCUUGCUCAGUGACUAGCAAUGAAGGUAGCCAGUUGAAGUCCCAGAUACAACAACUCAAGGACGCCAUUGAGAAGCUUCUCAUCUAAAUGUCAGAACCUUCGCCAUGAUCGGCCUCCUAAGAACUUAACCAUCUGGAGGCUUGGAUGGAUUACAGUGUCAUGUUUCUAGAGAGGUCGUUUACUACUACUAGAUUCCCCAUGUCUUGCAGAUCUAGGGUGUAAAAUAUCACCUUUAUUUGAGAAGGAUGGGAUGGAACUCUCUUAUUAUUGGAACUCCUGUUAAUGGUAGUGAAUAGGAAUUUGGAGAGAAAUUUCUGCUAGUGGUAUCGUCCGUUACGGGGCUUCCUGAAGACUUGAUUAUGUAUUUUUCUAGUUUACUGUGAUUUUGUAGCUCUAGUUGUCGCAUAUCCAUUUCAUUGGUGAGGUUUGAUAUGCAUGAUAUUUAGA